UGCCCACAAUUCAUCACUGUCUUCUUCUUUCACGCUCUCUUUCAUAUUGCUUCAAAGCCAUGAUUUCCCAGCAUAAUUUCUUUGAUAAUUAUCUGUUGCUCAAGCCGAAGGAGGCAAAUGUGUUUGAUCUCGUUCACCUUCUUUUUUCUUCCUCUUUAUUGGAAAGGAAAAGAUUCAUUGAGUGUCCUGCAGAACUGCCCAAGUACACAGAUUUCCGACGUAGAUGGCUCAUCUUCAUAUCUGUUUUGGCUCAGAAACUCCUCCUACUACUGAAUACACCCAUGGCGAAAACAGGGUAUGCGCUCGAGAUGUGUCUGAAUCUUUUCUCAAGCAAUGGAGGCUUUCUCAGGCUUCUAAGGAAUCUUUUCAAAGGAGAAGUGGUCUGGCCGGAUAGAUCAUCGGCAACGUUCGUGUCCCUGGUAGGCAACCUUGACCGGAGAAUUGACUUGGGCAGAAACAUUAGACCUGGAGACAGAAAAUACAAAGCAUCACUGUCUGUGAUGGCCGCUAAAUUGUCGUACGAGAAUGAAGCCUUCAUUAAAACCACGGUUGAGAAACAAUGGGAGAUGGAGUUCAUGGGAUUCUACAAUUUCUGGAAUGAGUACCAUGGAGAUUUCUCGGCACAAGCCUUCGUCGUCCAGGAUAAAUUGAUUGAUCCUAACCUGAUUGUGCUUGCAUUCAGAGGCACGGACCCAUUCAAUGCAGGAGCCUGGCGAGCUGAUGUGGAUAUAUCAUGGUACGAGCUAAAAAAUGUUGGCAAGGUCCACAGUGGCUUCAUGAAGGCCCUAGGCCUGCAAAGAGACCAAGGCUGGCCCAAGGAGAUCCAGCCUAGCAAAGAUGGAAAACUGUUUGCUUACUACACUCUCAGAGGAAAACUCAAAGAGAUACUGAAGAAGAAUAAGAGAGCCAAGUUUCUAGUGACAGGGCACAGUCUGGGUGGGGCACUAGCAAUUCUGUUCAUGGCUGUGCUAGCGUUACAUGAGGAAAAAUGGUUGUUGGACCGACUAGAAGGAGUAUUUACAUUUGGCCAGCCAAGGGUUGGGGAUAGGCAGUUUGGGGAGUUCAUGGAGAAGAAGCUGAGGAAGUAUGAUGUCAAGUAUUUUAGGUAUGUCUACUGCAAUGAUAUGGUGCCUAGGAUGCCUUAUGAUGACAAAACCCUCUUGUUCAAGCACUUUGGGCCAUGCCUCUAUUUCAAUAGCUGCUACAAAGGGAAGGUUUUGGGGGAGGAACCGAACAAGAACUACUUCUCUUUGUUAUGGGUAAUACCCAACUAUAUAAAUGCAGUUUGGGAACUUAUUAGGAGUUUCACCAUCCAAGAUAUUGAGGGACCAGAAUACAGAGAAGGGUGGUUUAUGAGAGCAUGGAGGGUUUUUGGAUUGGUAAUUCCGGGAUUACCAGCUCAUGCAAGUCGAGAUUAUGUAAAUAGUAUCCGAUUGGGAUCCCUACCUUUGGAUCCAGUCCACUAACUUUAUGUUUAGUUUGCUUGCGAGAAUUGUCAAAAGAUACGUUCACAGAAUGGUUUUUAAUUUAUUUUAACUUAAGGCUUUCUUGUGAACCAUAUGUAUGGGGAAAAACGAUUCACAGAAAGGAGGAAGAUCUUUUAUUUUUGCCGCAUUUCAGUAUUUUAGUAAUAUGGAAACUACCUGAAUUCCUAGCUAAUGAUCAGCAUCUUAUUGUAAACUUACCUCUCCUGAUAUAAUAAGACUGCAGAAGAAAAGUAUGUCGACAUC